AUGGAGCUCAAGUGCCUUUUGAUGUGGCUCUUGUUUGGAUCCGUCAAGGGAAACAGGGCAGGAAAAUGCCCACCUCCUCCAAGGACUGAAUUUGCUGACGUUGCUGCUGAAACAUAUCCAGUGGAUACCAAACUGUAUUAUGUAUGUGAUGACGGCUACAGGAGGAGAAGCGGGCAGUACUCGGGAAUUCGGUGUCGGAAUAUAUCGGGGACUGUUUCUUGGGUCUACAGGGAAUUUGAAUGCAUUGAUGAGAAAAUUUUGUUGUCAAAUGCUCCCACGGUGGAGUUAAAUUUUACACAGGAGACGAGAAAAACACAGAGCCCUGCACCUCCAAAGCAAGAAAACAUUUCAGGUUUUUGUGGUACACCCAAGACUAUUCCACAUGCCUCUCUAAAAAUGGACAAAGAUUAUUCCGUGGGGCAAGUAUUAUAUUUCAAAUGCCAGGCUGGUUACGAUAAGCGACCUCCUAUCUCUGGCACACGCACGUGCAAGAAGGUGAACGGAAAAACCAUCUGGACACCCCUCAACAUGCGAUGUACCAAUGACAGCAGCAUUAGGGACGAGUGGCUGUCACCCGUUACUGAGCCAGAUCUGCCUGUUUUCCUACAGCAUCCAGUUCAGUGUGUUUCAGGUUCAGCUCAUCCAUCCUUUUCCUCUUCUAUGAUACUGCCAGUGACAGCUAUCUUUUUUGUUCUGUUUACCCAUUCUGCUGUCUUUGUGUGACUCGCCAAGC